AUGCUCAGUCCUCUGGCCCCUUACACCCUGGGAGCAGCCGCAGCCUCGUGCACAGCUCCGUCCGCUCAGGAAUACACAGCAGCCUACAACAGCGCCACCUACCUGCCACCCGGGUACUGCCCCCAGCCCCCAGCCCCGGGUCUGCACUCGCUCCAGCCUUAUCCAGCCAGUGCUCCGGUCUACAACUACCCCCCCGGCUGCUACCCCCAAUCGGGGCUGUCCAGCAGCUACAGCCACCCCAGUGCCUCUUACCUGCCCGCGGGCAUCAGCGUGUCUUCUCCGCUGGCCCCAAGGCCCCAGGGCUACAGCUACGGCCUGUCGGGCCCCGACACGCUCAAACGCAAGGCCUUCGAGAUGUCCGAGAGCCAGGAGGAGGGAGGAGCGGACGGGGACACUGCGAGAUACCGAAAGUUCGGAAACGGCCACAGCAAAGGAAACGGCUUUGACGCGGCGAAGACUGUGAUGACUCCCCCUUAUGGCGCCGGUGGGGACUACAGCCCUCCCUCCGGCCUGGCUGGGGACAGCGCCUCGGGGGAACACAGCUUUCCAUCACAGCGAAUGCCAAUGAAGAUCCCCGCCACGCACGCAACGCCCCAAGACACCAGCGGAGGGCGCUAA